AAGCCCGAAAACCGUCCCGAGCGUCGGAGCGUGCCGGUCAGAGUCCGGCGGGACGGCGUGGGCGUCUCUCAGGAGUCCUGCGAUCCGAUUGGUCCGACCGCCGAAAAUGUCAAAUAUCAGGUUUGCUUUUGCGGGAACGCAAACAACACACGCCUGACCUUACGACCUCGAUGGGAACGACCCACAAAAAAAAAACAUCUGAUUAGGGGGAGUCUGCUUCGCCGUUCUGGGGUCGCGAGUUAGAGUCCGAUGUUUUCUUUUUCUCUUGCGUUGCGUAAAACCUGUUAGCAUGCAUAGCUAAGUGAUUCCAUGACACUUUUGACAUGCGUUAUGAUUUCUUUUAUUCUUUUUAUUUCUCCCCCUCGUUGUGACGUCGACACGCCGCUGACUUUGCAUUUCUCUUUGUCGCGUCCGAAAGGCGCACACGUCAGCACAAAAACACACACACACCUAUACACAAAGGCAUCAACGAAAAUCCACAAUAGACUUUUGUGAAUGGAGUGUGCGUUGAAGUGCGCGUUCCUUCUUUUGGUCGUCCCCAUAGAGGUCAAGCUGGGUCCGAGGGCGGAAAAUCGUGCCGGACGUCUUGCGGAAUUUGCGUAUGUGUGUGUUUGUCCUGUAGAAACAUGCCUGCGUGUGUGUGCAACGACAUCAGUUCCAAAAAAAAAAAUGUGCUGACACGAGAGCCCCCCCCAACCAUCGUAUAUAAACCCCCGCUGACGGCGCCCCUGCAGGAACGUUUGCGGUGACCCCCGACGGGAAGAAGAUGGCGCCGACCAACCCAUUGCUGGCGGGCACCGGGAAGAUCACGGUUUACGACCAGGAGCACUUCCAGGGCAAGCGCGCGGAGUUCGCGGCCGGCUGCCACAACGUCGCGGAGUGCGGCCUGGACAACGUCCGCUCCCUCAAGGUGGAGUGCGGCGCCUGGGUGGGCUACGAGCACUCCAACUUCUGCGGCCAGCAGUUCGUCCUGGAGAAAGGGGACUACCCGUGCUUCGAGGCCUACAGCGGUAGCAACUCCUACCGCAUCGAAAGGAUGCUCUCCUUCAGGCCCGUCCGCUGCGCUAACCAAAAGGAGGCUCGCAUGACCAUCUACGAGAAGGAGAACAUGACGGGUCGGGAACUAGAGCUGUGUGACGACUACCCGUCCCUGCAGGCCAUGGGCUGGUCCAACAACCAAGUGGAAUCCAUGCGAGUCCGGACCGGCGCGUUCGUGUGCUACCAGUAUCCGGGCUACCGAGGCCAGCAGUACGUAGUGGAGUCGGACCUCGGCGGAGGCGAGUACAAAUGCUACCGCGAGUUCGGCUCCCAUGCUCGGAGCCCGCAGAUCCAGUCCGUCAGGCGGAUCCAGGACUGAGGGCCCCCGUGCCCUUUUCCUCCCACGGUCCGAGCCGGAUCGAUUCCGGGCGCUCGGCUGCGAGCUGCGAGACUUUUAUACCUUGACGUGACAAAAGAUGCGAGUAGAGGAAGUGCCCGUCGCUCCGUCGUCAGGCUCGCUUCAAACUGUUUGAAUAAAGAAACAAGAGC